GCGCGAUUCCGUCGCCGCUGUUCGGAUACCGCGCGCGAGUUCCUUCUCUCAGUUUGUAUUCAGUAUCCACCUCGUAUUGGUGGAUACGUUCGGUUCUUAAUUCAGUUCAACGAACCAUUCGUUCUGCGAGCCGCGAAAAAACCGUCCGAAAGUACACGUUCUCUUGACCAAGGUAACCGAGUUCAAGGCGCCAGUAGUGCCAAUUCUGUGCGAUUUGUUUUGACAGUGGUUUUCAACGGGUUACGAAACAAUAUGCUGCCGACGCGAUUUGUUGGUCUACUGUUGGUGCUUUUCGUCACGCAGGCCUGGUGCAAGCCGACGAAGAGCUCCGAGAGCGAGGAUUACCACGACGACGAUCCACCUCCCGAUUACGAGAGCGAACCGAUCGAGGAUGACGACGAACCUGGAACCAGCACAGAACCGCCGCAGAUCCUGUCCAAGCCAAAAGUGAUACACGCAAAGAACGGAUCCACGGUUUCGUUGCCGUGUAUCGUGAAAAAUACAGAAAACGUGGCCGUCUCGUGGAAACGAAACAAUGAAACCCUGUACUACGACUCGUUCGCCGUGACGAACGACACGAGAAGGAUCGUUCGACUGCAGAACAACUCGUUGGUGAUCCACAACGUCACUGUGAACGACAUGUCCGACAAUUACGAAUGUAGUAUUCUCGAAAAACCGGCCAUUACUAUUAGGCACAGGCUGAUAAUCGACGUUGACACGUCACCAAUUCGCGUAACACCCGGAAGCACGGUGCAAGUCACAGCCGGUGAAAAGCUCGUCCUCGGUUGCAUGACUACGAUGCAACCUCCACCGAAAAUAAAAUGGUACCGCAAGAUAAAGAAAUCGCUGGUUUUGAACGAUGGUAUGCCAACCAACCACCUGACGAUCAAGAACGUGACCAGGCACAACAGCGGCGAGUAUUAUUGCUUGGCGGAGGACGGCUCGGAGAGGCCGCCCGUGCAAGUCAUAUCGGUCGUCGUCAAUUAUCCUCCUGAAAUAGAGGUGGAAAGGGAUUCGGUGCACACUGGACUCCACGUCGAGUCGAAUCUGACGUGCAAGGUUUACGCACAUCCGGCGGCUAGGGUGCGCUGGUUCAAGAACCAGAAAGAGAUCCAGCCGGAGCCGCGGAGGAUAGAGCUGAAAACAGUGAAGCCGCUAUACACGCUGAAAAUCGCGGACACCAAAGAGCAGGACCUCGGCGAAUACAAGUGUGUCGCGGAGAACAAAUUUGGACAGGCUGAAAAGUCGAUUGUCCUUACCGGUUCGCCAUCCGAAGCACGGAUAGAAAGCGGUGGGGCGGCCAAGACUAAUAGAGGUUUAAUCCUAAGAUGGCGACUGGACAGUUUCUCGCCUAUCACCGAAUAUGUUUUGAAGUACCGUCGUAAAGGAGAAACCAAUUGGAUCAUUCUGAAACCGACAGUAACGAACGGCAAGGGCAUUGAAUUUACGGUGGAACACGAGAUCGAAGAACUUCAGCCGGGAUCGUAUGAAGCGACUCUCGAAGCUAGAAACGAAUACGGAUGGUCUCAACCCUCGAAACCGUACAUAUUUAUGGGAGAAGAAGUAAUCGAGGAAGCUGAAAAUGUUCAAGGACAAAAAGCUGCUGCAUCUCAACCCACGUUAGCCUUGGCAACAUUACUCCUAGUCAUCUCGUCCUGUGCCUUUACAAGUCUGUAAUUUACUGAACUUCUUAAACUAUGUAGGUAAUUUGCUGCAGCCAAAGCGAACACCAGCGGAUGCAAUGGUGGGUUUAGUGAAGCAAGAAUGUCUAGGAGAUCCGAAUGCCAUUAGUGUAUUAUAUUUUU